AACAAAGUGAAAAUUAUACGCAGUCUCAAAACGACAUCGUAUAUAAAUCUAUAUGUUUCACAGUUGCCGCUAACCCUAGUCUCACUCUCGCAUCCUCAGCUUCCCCAAGCUGCGCAUUCUCUCGCCCCAGAAAUCUCAAUCUUCACAUCAAUUCCCAGAAUCGUUGCAAUCUCCACCAGUUUCCCUUAUCCUUCCAUCACCAAAGAUGGUUGAAUCUAUGGAAUCUGAAGAAAUCCCCAAAUUCCAUGAUAUUAGACGCUAUUUCUGUGAAUACUGCGGUAUCUGCAGAUCCAAAAAAACCCUCAUCACAGCUCACAUCAAUUCACACCACAAGGAGGAGGUGGAAAAAAGAGUUGAAGGAGAAUCUGAAACAGAGGCUUCAAAGCCUAAAACUUGUGAGCAAUGUGGUGCUAGUUUCAAAAAACAUGCCUACUUGUUGCAGCACAUGCGAAGUCAUUCGGCUGAGAGGCCAUAUGUGUGUACUGUUGAUGAUUGUAAGGCAAGUUACAGAAGAAAGGACCACUUGACUCGCCACCUUUUACAGCACCAGGGGAAAACUUUCAAGUGUCCUAUUGAGAAUUGCAACAGUAGCUUCUCUAUACAAAGCAAUUUGAAAAGACAUGUCGAUGAGCUUCACGAUGGCAAGUCUACCUCUACUUGUGUUGAAAGUCAGAAGCAGUAUGUGUGUCCAGAAGUUGGCUGUGGAAAGGUUUUCAGAUAUGCAUCAAAGCUACGGAAGCAUGAAGAUUCUCAUGUUAAGCUGGACUCAGUUGACGUCGUGUGCUUAGAACCUGGAUGCAUGAAACAUUUCACUAAUGCCCAGUGUCUUAGAGACCAUGUUAAGUCCUGCCAUCAAUACGUGACUUGUGACAUUUGUGGGACUAAGCAACUGAAGAAGAAUUUGAAGAGGCACCUCCGUGCACAUGAAGCCGGCAGUUCAUCAGAGUUGUUUCAAUGUGAAUAUGAGGGUUGUGACUGUACAUUCUCAUCAAAACCUAAUCUUCACACGCAUGAGAAGGCUGUGCACUUCAAAGAAAAACCUUAUGUGUGUGGGUUUCCUGAUUGUGGCAUGAGAUUUGCAUACAAACAUGUGAGAGAUAACCAUGAACAAACUGCCAAACAUGUUUUUACCCUUGGGGAUUUUGAAGAAGCUGAUGAACAAUUCAGGUCUAGGCCCAGAGGAGGGAGAAAGAGAGUAUGCCCUACUGUUGAAAUGUUAAUUAGGAAGAGAGUUACCCCACCAAGUCAAUUAGAGAGCUGGUUACAUAUGCAGGAUAGUGAAUAAGAUUCCCUGCGCUUUAUGUGUUCGUAACCAUUUUCCAAAUUGAAUUAGGCAAAAGGUAAAUCUAAUGGCCUUGGCUUGUUUUCACUUUGUGCAUUGAAUAGAAGUUAUACAUAUAUUAAAGAUCAUGGUUAGUGUUACAUAUAUAGGAUUCGAACAACAAUGUACUGUGAUGAUCGCGAGUUAGUGUCAAAUUAUGAUGUAUUUGCAUCAGAUUCAAUGAUAGCCAAUCUGCAAGAAGUACACUGUGAUUAUUAUCUUAAUGUAUAGAAAAAUGAAAUAUUGUUCUCUCC